AUGUAUGUCGUGAAGAGAAGCGGGGUCCUCGCCCCGGUAUCAUUCGAUAAAAUUACUGCACGCAUCUCCAAGCUAUCAUACGGCCUAAACCCCGACUUCUGCGAUCCGGUGCUGGUGGCCCAGAAGGUCACCACCGGCGUCUACAAGGGCGUCACCACCUCGGAGCUCGACGAGCUGGCGGCCGAGACCGCGGCUUCGCUCACCGCCACGCACCCCGACUAUGCGCUGCUCGCUGCCCGCAUCGCCGUUUCCAACCUGCACAAGAACACUCUGAAGAGCUUCAGUGAAACCGUCAAGCUCAUGUUCAGCCAUGUCAACCCCAAGAACGGCGAGAAGGCGCCGCUGAUAGACGAGAAGGUGUAUGAAAUCAUCAUGGAGCACGCGGAGCGGCUGGACAGCGAGAUUGUGUAUGACCGCGACUUCGACUACGACUACUUUGGCUUCAAGACGCUGGAGCGCUCCUACAUGCUGCGCGUGAACGGCAGGGUGGUGGAGCGGCCGCAGCACAUGCUGAUGCGCGUGGCGGUGGGCAUCCACCUGGAGGAUGUGGACGCGGCGGUGGAGACCUACCACCUUCUGUCGCAGCGCUGGUUCACCCACGCCUCGCCUACGCUGUUCAAUGCCGGCACGCCGCGCCCGCAGCUGUCAUCCUGCUUCCUGGUCUGCAUGAAGAACGACUCGAUCGAGGGCAUCUACGACACGCUCAAGGAGUGCGCCAGCAUCUCCAAGUCCGCCGGCGGCAUCGGCCUGUCCAUGCACAACAUCCGCGCCACCGGCUCCUACAUCCGCGGCACCAACGGCACCAGCAACGGCAUCGUGCCCAUGCUGCGGGUCUUCAACGACACCGCGCGCUAUGUGGACCAGGGCGGCGGCAAGCGCAAGGGCGCCUUUGCCAUGUACUGCGAGCCCUGGCACGCCGACAUCUUCGACUGGCUGGACCUGCGCAAGAACCAUGGCAAGGAGGAGGCGCGCGCCCGCGACCUGUUCUACGCCCUCUGGAUCCCCGACCUCUUCAUGCACCGCGUGGAGGCCAACGGCGAGUGGAGCCUGUUCUGCCCCAACGAGUCCCCCGGCCUGGCCGACUGCUGGGGCGAGGAGUUUGAGGCGCUCUACUCGCGGUACGAGCGCGAGGGGCGCGCCCGCAAGGUCAUCAAGGCGCAGCAGCUGUGGUUUGCCAUCCUGGAGGCGCAGGUGGAGACGGGCAACCCGUUCAUGCUGUACAAGGACUCCGCCAACCGCAAGUCCAACCAGCAGAACCUGGGCACCAUCAAGUCGUCCAACCUGUGCACCGAAAUCAUCGAGUACAGCUCCCCCGAGGAGACGGCGGUGUGCAACCUGGCGUCCGUGGCGCUGCCGCGCUUUGUGCGCGAGAAGGAGCCCAGCGGGCGGGAGGGCAAGAAGCUGGUGGGCAGCCUGGACGCGGAGGGCAGGUACUUCGACUUUGACAAGCUGGCGGAGGUGACGGCGGUGGCGACGCGCAACCUGAACAAGAUCAUCGACGUCAACUACUACCCGGUGGAGACCGCCCGCCGCUCCAACAUGCGCCACCGCCCCAUCGGCCUGGGCGUGCAGGGCCUGGCCGACACGUUCCUGCUGCUGGGCCUGCCCUUUGACUCGCCCGAGGCUGCGGAGCUCAACCGCCAGAUCUUCGAGACCAUCUACUUUGCCGCGCUGCGCACCUCCAUGCAGCUGUCCAAGGCAGAGGGCCCCUACAGCACGUACGAGGGCAGCCCCGUGAGCAAGGGCAUCCUGCAGCCCGACAUGUGGGGCGUCAAGCCCUCCGACCGCUGGGACUGGGACGGCCUGCGCCGCGAUAUCGCGCAGAACGGUGUGCGCAACUCGCUGCUGGUGGCACCCAUGCCCACCGCCAGCACCAGCCAGAUCCUGGGCAACAACGAGUGCUUCGAGCCAUACACCUCCAACAUCUAUGUCCGUCGCGUGCUGUCUGGUGAGUUUGUUGUGGUGAACCAGCACUUGCUGCACGACCUGACUCGCCUGGGCCUGUGGGACACCGACGUGAAGAACGAGAUUGUGGCCGCCAGCGGCAGCGUGGCGGACUUGGACAUCCCCAACAACCUCAAGGAGCUUUACAAGACGGUGUGGGAGAUCAAGCAGCGUGUGCUGGUGGACAUGGCGGCAGACCGCGGCGCGUUCAUUGACCAGAGCCAGUCCUUCAAUGUGCACAUGAGCGACCCCAACUUUGGCAAGCUCACCUCCCUGCACUUCUACGCCUGGAAGAAGGGGCUGAAGACGGGGAUGUACUACCUCAGAAGCAGGGCCGCUGCGGACGCCAUCAAGUUCACGGUGGACCAGCAGGCCCUGCAGCGCCGGAAGAGCGAGCGGCUGGCCAAGGAGAACAAGGCGACGUCAGACAUGGCCGCCAUGGUCUGCUCGCUGGAGAACAAGGACGCCUGCGUGAUGUGCUCUGGCUGAUGGCGAUGCCGGCCAGGGCGCUCAGGCGCCCGCGCCUAUCCCGCUAGCCAGUCCCGUCCAGAUGUCAACUGUCACGCAUAUGUACUGUACCACUCCCCUGACUGCGCAUUUAAAACCCAUUCACCCCUGCAAACCUUCCUGACUCUGCAAACCUUCUCUGGUUA